UGUAUUCUGCGUAAAUUUUUGUAGUCGACAAAAGUAUAUUGGACAGAGUUGAUUCUUUUGUUUAAAAUUCAAUUAACAUCUCACACUUCAAACUGCGUAAAAAUCUGAUCCAUUUGAAGUAAAUUAUCAUGGCAACAUCUCCCCGAGGAAGCACGGCAACGGCACAACGGCCUAACGGAGCGACACAGAACAAAGCAUGCCAGUUCAAGUUGGUACUGUUAGGCGAAUCAGCUGUUGGCAAGUCGUCUCUCGUCAUUCGCUUCGUCAAGGGGCAGUUUCACGAGUACCAGGAAAGUACGAUUGGUGCCGCUUUCUUGGCGCAAUCCGUCAGCGUAGGCGAAACCAUAGUUAAAUUCGAAAUUUGGGAUACAGCUGGACAAGAAAGAUAUCAUAGUUUAGCGCCAAUGUACUAUCGUGGUGCCCAAGCAGCGAUAGUCGUGUACGAUAUUACGAAGACGGAUAGCUUUGAACGUGCAAAGACCUGGGUGAAGGAGUUGCAGCGACAAGCUCCGCAAAAUAUUGUUAUCGCAUUAGCAGGCAAUAAAUGUGAUUUAGCCGAUAGUCGGGCAGUUGAUUACGAGGACGCCAAACAAUAUGCGGAGGAAAAUGGAUUAUUGUUUGUAGAGACGUCAGCUAAGACGGCUUUUAAUGUUAAUGACUUAUUUUUGGCAAUCGCUAAGAAGCUACCUAAGAACGAAACGCAAGGCACGCAACACAACAUCAGACUUCAACAAGGUGACCAAGGCGAAAAGAAAAAAUUAUGGUGUCAAUUUUGGUGAUGUCAUUUAUUUAAUGCAGGUAAUACAUUUGAUAAGUUGAACUUCGACGAUAUGUCAUCAGAACAUAUGCUUAAUAAUAAAAGUGAAUCAUUAUUAAAAAUAAUAUCAUUGUUGUACAUGAGAGAAAUUGUAUUUUAUUAAACAAAUUCUUUUUUUUUUAUAAAACUUUAAAUUUAAAAACACAAAGAUUCAUAUAUAUUUUUCAAGUUAAAAAAUUUCUUACUUUUUUCUGUUGCUAAAAUACGUAACAUAAGCUUUUUUCAUGAAAUUUAAGGAGAUAAAAUUUAAGAAAAAUU